CAAUCUAGCUAUCUAUGGUUAUGUGACGCAAUGAGAUCUGCGAUCACCGAGUUCGGUGAAUACCGGAAGUGGUGGUUCUGCAGUUUUGUUGUGCGGAGUCAACGGGUUAUACAGGCACAAAAUUAUGUCUAGGAAGCAGGCGGUACGAACCCGGCCUGGUAAGAAAGCAGAGGUGGAACGUAAAAGAGAUGAGCGAGCGGCGCGCAGGGCCCUAGCAAAAGAACGCAGGAACCGAUCCGGAGACGGUACGGAUGCAGAGGAAUUCGUCAGCUUUGCAAACCAGCUGCAAGUGUUGGGGCUCCGACUGCGAGAAGUACCAGGGGACGGGAACUGCUUAUUUAGAGCUCUGGCUGACCAGCUGGAGGGUCAUUCGCGCAACCACCUGAAGCACCGCCAGGAGACAGUGGAUUACAUGGUAAAACACAGGGAGGAUUUUGAGCCGUUUGUUGAGGAUGACGUGCCAUUUGAUAGACAUGUCACUAAUUUGGCACAGCCUGGUACCUUUGCUGGUAAUGAUGCUAUCGUGGCUUUUGCUCGGAGCAAUCAAGUAAACGUGGUGAUUCACCAGCUUAAUAAUCCGCUUUGGCAGUGGCAGGGCAUGGAUUCUGUUGUUGCACAGUGCACUGUUCCUUUUAAAUGUAAUUUUUUUUUAUUUAUUUUUUCCCCACACACAGACGUUUCUAGAUGUUGCUGCAGUUACAUUACUGCUACAUUUUUCAUCUGCGCUCUCUACUCUACAGGUGCUGAUCCAGACUUUACAGCAGUGGGAACAGACCAUCCUUACGCACCUGCUUCCUGGGAUGUGAAUGAGAGUGAAUCUGAGCAAGAUGACAACUAUGAACACAGAUCACAGGAGCAUAGGAUGCUUAGCAAACCAGAAAAUGCCGACCUAAAGAAGGGGGAGAACGGCCUGCGAAAAGGGGGCGGUGAAGAUCUGAAGAGCAAUAUAGAUGGAAACAAUACAAACAGAGUCCAGCAGAAGAUAAGUAACAAGCAGAUUAAAGCUCAGCAGCGCCAACAAAAGAAGAAACGACAGGAGGAACGACAUCGUCAGAAGGUACUGGAGAGCAGGGGCAAUAAUACCGAUAACAACAGACAAGAGGCAGAGGACACAUCUAGUGCAGUGACUGUGGUGAAAGCGCUCACUGCGCUGAAUAUCUGACUAUUCAAAUACAAAAUCUGUGUAGCCGGACUUGUCUGCUCUUACAAGACUAUGCUCUCAGUGUCACAACAGACUGUAACAUGCAUGGGAAGAGGAGACCUUGUGAUAGCCCCCCUUUAUGACUGGCGUUAACGGUUAUCCUCUUUCAUACGGUGCCUUGAGUGUGUCCUGUAACAGUUGCACCUCAUAGGGGGGUGUAUGGCGCAUUGGACGUCACACUUGUGGUACAGGAAGUGCGCUAAUAUCUUUGUGUUAAAAUGCUGUUCACUAAAUUAUAUUUUUUAAAUAAAAAAACAGUAUUGCAAAGGUU